CUUAGUUUCUCAAUCUCUUGACACUGAGAGUGCUUUGCUUUGCUUUGCUAUGGCGUCUAGGCCAAGGACUCGGCGCAUGGGAGUGGAGUCCACAGACAAGCGUGAACGGCGUUGCAAGUAUCCCACAAGGGAUCCCGAGACUUUCUUCAAGAUUGUUCUCAACGAAAAGAUACUUAGGCUGCCAGAAAUUUUUUUACAGAAAUUUGGGGACCAACUUUCUUCUAUUGCUACAGUCAAUGGUCCCAAUGGUCGGGUUUGGCAAUUGGGUUUGGAGAAAGAUGAAAAUGGCACUUGGUUUAGUGAUGGCUGGGACAAGUUUUUGGAUUACCACUCUAUCAGUAAUGGCCAUAUUUUAAUCUUCAAAUAUGAAGGAAAUUCAACUUUCAAUGUUCUUUUUAUGUUCGAUAUGACUGCUGGCAAGAUUGAUUAUCCCAUUGACAGUCUAAGUAGCGAUGCAGAACGUAAUUCAGCAGCGAAUGAAGAAGAGGAGAAAGAUUUUGGGUAUAAUGAUAUAUCGGUUUCAACUACUUAUAGCCCUUCUCAGAACUCUUCAGAAAGUUGGUCUUCUGAUGAGUAUUUUAGUCAAGGAGUACUCAAAAAGCGUAAUAAAUAUACAACUUGGACUGAUAGAAAGAAAAGGCACAUAAGAAAGGGUGCAUGUAGUGGUGGACAAGCAGCUACUCAAUCCUGUGAUAAAUGUGGUCAUCACAAAGAAAGUGAAUUUGCAAAAUUUGAUGAGGAAGCUGCAAAAACUCCUAAGGAAGACAGGUUCUAUUCUUCGGGCAAAAGGAAUCCAAAAUCCAAAUAUAAAUUAGAUGAUUUUUCAGCAACUCUCGGGUUUUCCAAAUUUUCUAAAACGAUCCAAGCAGCAAGGAAAAGGGCAAGAAAAGCUGCCGAUAUGUUUCAGUCUGAAUAUCCUUUUUUCAAAGCUAUCUUGCGGCGUCAUAACAUAUAUAAUAGUUUUGUGUAUGUGCCUGCUGGAUUUGCUAUGAAGUAUCUUCCUUCAGAGUCCAUCACACUUCAGGAUUCUGAGGGAAAACCGUUCCCUGCACGAUGCUUCUAUAGAGAGGGUUCAGGUGCAGGAAGGAGUAUAGGCAAGGGAUGGGCUACAUUUGCUAGGGAACAUGAUUUGGAAGAAGGAGAUGUCCUUGUCUUUGAGCUGAUCAACCGAGAGACUAUUGUCUUAGAAGUUCACAUAUUUCGUGCGAUUGAUUAUUCAGGGAUGUAAAUUAAUGUGUAGGCUUUUAAUGUUUUUUUUUUUUUUUAAAUAACUUAAGGCUUUAAAGUUUGCACAUGACUUCCAAAAUUUGUGGUGUAUGUUGUUGGAUUUGCAGAAUUAACUUAAAUAUCUACGUAUU